AGUGUUGUAUUUCGAUGAAUAACAGUCUCACAUAUUAACAUAAAAGCGUGCACUGUUGGUUGCAGCUUUGAGUAGCCUUUACAAAAUCGUCAUAAUUUUUAAAAUAAAUAGAGGCCCCAACCGGCAACUGUUUAAAAUCUUGAAGAAUUCUCUUAACAGCUAAGCAUUUAUCGUACAAAAUGGAUAAAAAUAGCACAGCCUUGUAUAAAAAAAUGCAAGCCGAAGUUGAGUCAUAUCAAAACCUGCAAAAAUCUUGUGUUAAGGUCGUAAAGCAGCGAGCACUUCUUGAGAGUCAGCUGAAUGAAAAUAAGUGUGUGCUAGAGGAAUUAAAUUUGCUUGGUCCCGAAAACAAAGUUUUUAAGCUGUUUGGCCCUGUUCUGGUGAAACAGGAUCUGGAGGACUCUCGGCAAAACGUUGCUAAACGUAUUGAAUACAUCUCUAAGGAAUUAAAAAGUUCCACGGAUACACUGGAAAACAUGGAAAAGGAUAUGCUGAAACAUCGGGAGGCUGUCUCUAAAUACCAGCAGCAAUGGCAAGUCGCGGCAGCCAUGAAAUAAUAGGAACUGCUUUAUUUAUUAUUUAUUACAUUUUGUCACUUUAAAUAGACAUACGCAUUGAAAAUCAAAUAAAACCAGUUGAAUACAA